AGUUUUAUACCAACGUAAGCCUUCUCGCGCAAGACGGUUCUUGUACUAUAUAUUGAUUGUGCAGUUUUGAAAUAAAGUUUAUUGUCUUUGAUGUAGUCAGAGUCAGAGACUACAGAGUGCUACAGAGAGUACCCAACAGGCAACAUGUAAUAUUAUGUCUAUGGUACCAAACCAACGCUGAUCGGAAUAUCAACAUUAUCAUCUGUGCUCUGCGGUUCUGUCAUUCUGUCUGUGAUGGUUCGAUUUGAUGCCGAGGAGUUAAAAAGAACAGGGUGUAUCAAUUUGGAUGUCCCCGACCGUUAUAAUCGACCAUCAGGCGUGAACGCAAUGUGUGAACGAUUGGGGCCGGCGAGCCACAGGCGUCAGUGGGGGAGCCACUCAGGCCACGGGCGCGGCCACUGCGGCCAGCAGUAGCCGGGGACAUGUCGGACCGCAGCGGCGUUCGGUCCAGCGCGCGCCUGAGCGGCGAUGGCACGGCGGCACCCGGCGCGAGGACAGCGCCAGCGCGCGGGCGGCCGGUGUCGGCGGCGCCGGCGGCCGCGCUGCGCCGGGCCCGCGCAGCCGAGCGCGCGGCCGAGGUGGAAGACAGCCCUCGGGUGCUGCGUGACAAGUGCCGGCGUCUGGCGCGCGCCUUGCGGAACGCUAAACAUCUCGUGGUGUACACGGGAGCCGGCAUCAGCACCGCGGCAGACAUCCCCGACUACCGCGGGCCGCACGGCGUGUGGACGCGGCUGCAGCGCGGCGAGACGGUGGGCCGCGUGGAGGUGUCGCGCGCGCAGCCCACCUUCACGCACAUGGCGCUCACGGCGCUGUGGGCGCGCGGCGCGCUCAAGUUCGUGGUGUCGCAGAACUGCGACGGCCUGCACCUGCGCGCCGGCCUGCCGCGCCGCGCGCUGGCCGAGCUGCACGGCGACAUGUUCGCCGAGCUGUGCGCGCCGUGCCGCCGCGUGUACCUGCGCGCCUUCGACACCACGGAGCGCACGGCGCGCCACGCGCACGGCACGCGCCGCCUGUGCCACGCCUGCGGCCAGGAGCUGCGCGACUCCAUCGUGCACUUCGGCGAGCGCGGCCGCGCCGCCUGGCCGCUCAACUGGGCCGGCGCGCUGCGCCACGCGGCGCGCGCCGACGUCGUGCUGUGCCUGGGCUCCAGCCUCAAGGUGCUGCGCCGCUACCCGCGCCUGUGGCGCAUGCAGGCGGCGCCGCGCGCGCGCCCCGCGCUCUACAUCGUCAACCUGCAGUGGACGCCCAAGGACUCGGUGGCGGCGCUCAAGAUCAACGCGCGCUGCGACGCCGUCAUGCAGCAGGUGGCGCGGCGCCUGCGCCUGCGCGUGCCGCGCUACCGCGCCGCGCUGGACCCCGUGCUGGCGCACGCCGAGCCGCUGGCCGAGCCCGAGCGCCACACCUCGCGCCGCCCGCCGCUGCAGCCGCGCGACGCGCCCGCCGCCGCCGACCACUGGGAGCCCUCCUCGCCCUCCGCCUCCGACUCGGACGAGGAGCUGCCGCUGCGCCACCUGGCGGCCCGGCUGCGCGCGCCGCCGCCGCCGCCCUCUGCCGGCCCCGCGCCCGACGCCACGUGCUCACCAAGCGAACCAGAUCAAUCUAAUGUGCCAGAAUCCCACAAUCGACUGCACGCAUUUCAGGUAAGCAUGCAAGCCGGCGAAGCCACGAUUCUUCUGCGUGCCGAAGACGCUGCGUCGCCCGAGCGGGCCGGCCGACCGCACUCGCCGCUCCGUUGCCGCACCACAGACCUGCGGAGAUUCCGAAUGGCGAGGCACCUCCCGGAAGUGCAGUUCGCGGUGAACGGUCACGGUCCCCCCGGCGUCGCCGCAGAUACAAGACCUGGCGCCGGCCCGGGAGCCAACGGCACCGCGGGCCUGGGCUCGCGACUGAGGCGGCUCCUCGAAUACGAACCUAGAAUCGAUCCUGCGGAGACGAGCAAAGAGCUUCCGGUAGACCUCCGACCGAAGGAGGAGGUCGACGAGAAGAGUCCGAAGGUCGAGGUGAAGACGGAGCCCAAGGACGAGCCCAAGGAGGAGGCCAGCACGUCGGACUCGAGCGGCGCCGGCGCGCUGGCGGCGGGCUCGCUGGCGGCCGCCAUCAUCCGCCGCGCCGUGCUGCUGUGCCGCGCGUCGCUGUACCCGGGGCUGCACACCAUCAUCGCGCCGGCCGCCGCGCCGCCGCCCGAGUGCGCGUGGUGCGCGCGGCACUUCGCGGCGCGGCGCUGCCUGUGGUACGGGCCGCCGCGCGAGCCGCCGCCCGCCGCCCGCGCCUGGCGCCGCGCGCGCGGCCGCCGCUACCUGUGCGCGUGCUGCGGCGCCGAGCCCGCGCCCCAAGACGCCGCGCCGCCCGCGGCCCCGGCGCCGAGCGACGACGGCGGCUGGUACGGCAAGGGCUACCGCAAGGGCCGGCGCCGGCGCCGGUAGCGCCCGCAGACCCCUACCGGGGGCACGUCGUCUUUAGCGAAUUCGGCUGACGAAUGAAUUUUGAAACGGUUUUUAUAAUUUGUUACCGAUACUAUGGAUCGAAUCGUGACUAAACAUUUCAUACUGACGCAUAAGGCGGCAACGUUGAUACAAUUAGUACACAUAAAUGGUUGUGAUCUAAGUGCUUAAAGUAAAUAAAAACGUGUGCCGUCGGUAUGCCGACGCCGACGGCGGCGGAGGCAGGCGUCGUGCGGGCUCCGCAUGCGGCGCCGCGUGCAGGCGCCCGACUUACAGUGGACGAGGAAACUCAUGCAUGUGCGUGCCAACAACAUUAUCUCAACUUGCAGUCACCGAAAUGUCUAAGGUUUUUUAAAUUGUUAAAUUGGAUGAAACUGAACUAAAUACUUACUAUAUCUGUUUCGUAAUGUAAUUUGACUUGAGUUAACUCAACAAAUGGAAAUCUUAAUGAAACUAUUUUGCAUUAAAACAAAACAGUUAAUAUUUGUGGAAAACCAUACAGCAUUUGAGCAAGGUUCUUGCUGGUGGUAGAAUGAAGACUACGAGUGGGUGACUAUCUGUCACUUGGUCUGCGAGUGAAAGGCGCAGGUAAUACAGAGAAGGCUUUUCUGUUAAUGAUUAGCAUGUCCAUGGCAAGAUUUAGCGAAUGCUUCUUCAACGAAUGCUGUGUGUUAUGGAAACAUAAAAAUAGUUGGUAUUACAGAAUAGCUACAUAACCUAAUGGCGGGUUGAGUCGACUUCACACAUAGGCAUGUUCGA